CCCUCAUGCAGGAGUUUGCACUAGAUGCCUUUACAAAGCUGGAUACUCGGGUAAUAAUAAUAAUAAAAAGCCCCUACCCGGUGGAUGGGGAUGGAGUCUACGGCAUUGAGACCAGGAUUUAUUAAUGUGCAAAUCGCCCUGAUAUGAUCACAUACUUUCUGCUUUGCAUACGCAGGGAGCAGCGUGGGCUGAUGGAGUAGGAACUAGCCUGGGCGAUCUUUACGAGCUGAAAUCCUGCACAUCACUGAAGGGUUUGUUUCUCUGCGAAGCUGUUAGAAACCUGCUUUAGGAAAGCAAGUGAACCAAAGCCCCGGCCCCAAACGCACCAGACCGCUCCAUGAACUCGCCAUGCAUCGAUUCCUCAUUGUUUUUGACAGAAACGUGCGUGUAACUUUAUCUGGAGGAGCCGAGGAUUUUUGUAGUGGGGCUUGUAGUGGUUUAAACCUGAGGCAUCCGUAGAGCCUUUUCAGCAGUGAUGAGGGAGUGACAAGUCGGAGUCCCUGCGAGCGCACUUGGAAACUGCACGCAGCUAACGCUCGCUGCCAGAGCCCCCCGAUGGGACUAGAGCCAGGCUCCUGCGCUCCUUACGGGGAUGAAGGUAGAGCCAUGUUACCUGCUACCUAAGCUCGCUGUCGCUGGCGCCGUUUGUGGAUGUGGUCCUGUACCAGGCUUCGCGCACAGACUCUCAGCUCUGAUCCCGCCCGAGACGUUUUAGCAGCGGCAGACAGAGAUCCCCAGCUGUGGAGCGGGCUCCUCCGACCACCCUGCGACGGAGGGGCUGCAGCGCUGGAGAGUUACUAUGCAGCUUGGACUGUUUGUGGUGGUGGUUUUUCUAAGCUCCAUGGAUCUAACGGGCAGCAGCAAAGUGGCGAAGGGCAAGAGGCAAAGACGAAUUAGCACCGAGCUGAGUCAGGGCUGUGCCAGAGGCUGCGACCUGUGCUCCGAGUUCAAUGGGUGCCUGAGAUGCUCCCCCAAACUCUUCAUCCUUCUGGAGAGGAAUGAUAUCCGGCAAAUCGGGAUCUGCCUUCCAUCUUGUCCGCUGGGGUACUUUGGCCUUCGCAAUACAGACAUGAACAAGUGCAUCAAAUGCAAAAUUGAGAACUGUGAGUCCUGUUUCAGUCGAAACUUUUGCACAAAAUGUAAGGAAGGUUUGUAUUUGCACAAAGGGAGAUGCUACGUCACAUGCCCCGAAGGCUACUCUGCUGCCAACGGCACCAUGGAGUGCAGCAGUCCUGCACAAUGUGAAAUGAGCGAAUGGGGGCCCUGGGGGCCCUGCUCCAAGAAGAGGAAGCUCUGUGGCUUCAAGAAGGGCAACGAAGACCGAACGCGGCGGAUUCUGCAGGCUCCCUCCGGAGACGUGUCCCUGUGUCCUGCCACCACGGAGGUGCGGCGAUGCACGGUGCAGAAGAGCCAGUGCCCCGAAGGGAAAAGGAAGAAGAAGGAAGAGCAAGGAAAGCAAGAUAAUGCGAAUGGGAACAGGAAUCGGAAAGACACCAAAGACGCUAAGUCUGGCACCAAGAAGAGGAAGAGCAAACAGAGAGGGGCUGCGGUCCUCACCACGUCCGCUAGCCCUGCCCAGUAGCUGCCCCUUUAUGUCACCUGAUGGCAAGACUUCAUUGCUGCUAUGUAUAUGAAAGCUUUAUUGAACCAGAGCACUGCUACACAACACAUACACAUGUCCAGAAAGACAGACAUAUACUCCCCGACUGAUCCACAGACCCAACAGAAACCACAUACACAAUGCAUAAGGAGGCUGCACACACCCACACCACCCCGGACCAUGGAGAUACGCUGCUGAGAAGAGGAGUGGGAGCACACACGGAGGGAUGCUCAUCUCCCCAUGGCUCCACAGGCAUGCUGCGGGGAGGAGAGGUGGAGCACGAGUCAGUGGAGGACCCAGAGACUUCAUGACCAAAGGCCUCAACUCGAGACCGGGUGCAGCACAGCUGCAGCCACAGGGAUGAGACUGGACCCAUGUGGCCGCUCUCCCCAGCCUGGGACCCUGACUCACACGAAGGCAGUGGCCUCUUUCUCUUCCCCCUGCCCUUUAUUUUGUGUUUUAAGCUGUAUGACUUUAUCAUUGCGAAUACAUGUUAAACGGUUGUGGUCAGAGGUCAGUGGUAUCUGCCCUGAAUCUGCUUCAAGUUAUUUCAAAUUAAAAACAAACAAAAAACCAACCCCCAAAACCCCAAAAUGACAACCAGCUUCCUGAGUGUGUGGUUCAUGCCUUGGCCCCUAUGGAGGCUGGUGUCCCACAGGACAGAGACUCACUUGUGGAAGGGAAACUCACCAAAGCUCUAAGAAAAGCCCAGAUUACGUUGCCAGCUGCACUGCAGCCACCCAUCAGCCAUCCUGUGCCCACAGGACCCCAGCUGUGCUCCACGGAGCCCCUGAGGAAUUCCCUCCCUGAAGGAUGCUGUUAACAUGCAGCAGCUUGGGAAAAGGAAAGGUUACAACAGGCUGUGGAAGUGCUGUGACUCCGCUCCUACACUCACAGCAGCAGGACUCCAUCCCGGGCUAGGGACAACGCUUGUCCGUCUGUGCAGACAUCACUCAGGCACGUAGCAGGAGGGGAGGCAGGCAGGAGGGGGAAAGCACAGUUUGGGCUCUGCAGAAGAGAAGCACACUGAUAGGUUUAGUAGGAACUCCUGGUCUGCACGGCUGGAAUUCCCUGGAUUCAGCACAAAGCGCUCCUGACGGCAAGAGCUGACAACUGGGUCGAGGAACUGGGCUGAGGACCAUGCGGGAUGGAGGCUUAGUGAGACCUGUGUGCUUCUCUGCAUGGAGAGCUCUACCCUCAGCAGUGUCAUGAGGUGGCAUCCUGCUCAGUUUCCCUUCUGUUGUAAAACGUGCUUCCUCCAUAUAAACGUGUGCAGCCGUUUCGUUCCUCUAGAGUUCAGCAGAAGCCCUCUGGUCCUGAGGGAUGGAGCUGGGAUGCGCGUGGGGUGGAUCAGUGACGUGCUGCUGAAGCUCCUAGCUCCCCUGGUAAGGUGAUGGGCAGGGAAAAGCUCACCCCAAAGCUAAACCUGGUGAAUACCACCU